AGCGGAAUGGUGCAGAAGGUAUGGCGGAAGUGGCGGCUUUUGAGCUUACGCCGGGGGGCUAGAUGUGUCAAGGUGGACCGCAGUAUUUUGUGUUAACCAUAUAAGGAUUUGAACGAGGUCCUUUCGCUUUCCCCCCGUGUCUUUGGUGAUUGGUGCUAAACGUGCACAUGAAACUAGAAAGACGUUCAAGACGCUCCUUGUUCACACUGUGGAUGUCAGCAUAAAGCCUAAACAUGGUAAGGCUAGAGCUGGAUCAGGUGGUGAUGAGGAGGAUGAAAGAGGACGACAUAGAGGUGGUUAAAGCCCUCAUCAAGGAGGGCUGCGAGGGCACAGAAAACCGCCUCAUCCUCCACAUCCUUACUCGUCCCCUCUGCCUCUUCAUUCUGGCUGUUUUCUCCUCAAUCUUACGUUGCCUUGUUCAUUCUUUCAUCCUGGCACUUGCAAUUCCUGUCUUCCUUCUAAUCAUCUAUCUCAAGAUCACCAUGCCACGGUCCACAGGGGUUCUGGGCAGCAGUCGCCCUUACUGGGACUAUGUGGGUAGCAGCUACAGAGGGACACAGGAUGAGACACUACACAAUCCCUACUCUAGAAUCAGUGGAAAAAGCCCAGUGACUAAAAAGCCAAGGCGCAGAAUUGGACUCAAAGACAAGGACAAAGACAUGUCAACAGAGAAGGUCACCCCUGAGAGGGAGCAGGUAGCAGGACAGGUCUGGGUGGCUGACUGUGAGGGGGAAAUCGUCGGCUGCAUCUUUCGGGAAAGCGAGAACAGAGCGAAAAUUAGGAGGAUCUGCAGAUUGGUAACAACCUGCUGGUACCGCAGAGAGGGUCUGGGCAGACUGCUUGUCCAGAGUCUGGAACUGAAAGAGAGGGACACUGGUGCACAGCGGGUAUAUGCACAUGUCCCCUACCCGUCAAAGGUGGCUGAGGCCUUCUUCAGAAAGCUGGGCUAUGUACAGCUUGGGGAGAGGCCUGAUGAGGAAGAUGAUGAUGAAAAUAAGCUAGAGGCACCAGAAAGAGGCUUUUUAGGACACCCACUUACCAAAGUGUUUUACAAAGACCUGUGAUUGGUUAAUAGACUCAUUGAGUAAAAGGUGGCAGAGGGAUUGUUGUUGGAAGGAUGACAAUACAUCCUGCAAACUGUGGAUCAAUAAUGAGAGUGUCAAUACACUUUGAUUUUUGUGUGAAUUAAUUUAUUGAAUAUUUAUGUUAUUUAUGACAGUAUUUAUCUACAUUGUGAUGUGAUUAUGUGUUUGAAUAUCAUUUUUUUAUUUUUUUCAUUAAAAGACCAUCUCCUUAUUUUAUUGUUUAAAUUUUGACAUCAUCAGGCUUCACAGUCCCAUUUUUCUUUUGUCAUUUUAACUUAAUAAAACAUUUGUAUUGAAAGUGUGACACAUAAA